AACCAACAGUGCUACAAGAAAAGAAGAUGCAUACUGCAAUAAUUCUAAUCGUCUGCGUUUCUGAACUGCUUUUAAGUGAUGGAUACGUCGUGAAUUUUCAACGCAGAUGCGACUGUAACGAAGUCAGCCACGGUUGGCGGAAGGAUACAUGGCAGUCGGACGCCAUUCACUUCUGUGUCCCAAGAGGACGCGAAAACAAGAAGUGCGAAGUAGUUAAUGCCACCAGAGGAAUCGACUGCUCCCUAUUUGGUGAACACUAUCAUUUACAGGGCGGCUAUCCAAAGAGGAUAGCUGAGUGCUGCGAAAAACAAGGACAACGACUCGUUAAAUGUGAAAGAAUACCUAAUGUGUUCUCUUACAGAAGAAAUAUUGACAUCAUGCACUUCGAUAAAGUCCUGAGAAAGCUAAUUGUCGGCGUAGAUCCAUCGGACGACCACAAAUUUCAAAUAGAGUUGUGUGACGUUGAAUUUGAUGAAUUACCAAUACCCACACCAAGAAACAUAACAACGACAAAAGCACCAGCAACGACAAAUGCGCCAACAACGACAAAAGCACCAACAACAACAAAUGCACCAACAACGACAAAAGCGCCAGCUACGACAAAAAAAUCACCAGGUGGAGUCCUUGUACCUAUGAUAUAGGACUGUCUACUGGAGAUGAAACGCAAACGAAGAUUGGUCGUUAUUUUGUCAUGUACGAAAUUCACUAUAUGACCAUAAAUAAAAACCUGAUAUAGAUA